AUGCAGUUGCAUGGGGAUGCACAUUACGAUUUGUUUCGUAUCCAGGUUAAUGAAGGUCUGCGUGUAUACAGAGCGUUACGGCCGGAUGCCCUACCUUUCUACCAGGAAGAUGCUAUGCUCAGUAUGAAGGCGAAGAUGAACAGAUUGAACAUGAUGGAGAGCGGUAGAGGUGUCGCUCCUAAUCAGACGGGAGCUGUGCUACCUCGGGAUAAGCUACAGUUGAAAAAUGAAGUGGUCGACCCGUUCCAGUUCCAGUUGCCAGUAGUCAACCCAAAGGCCUUCCUGAUAGCACUGGAAGCUGCAUGCAGGAGCCUCUGUGAUGACCUAGAGUACAUAGCAUCGUGUUUGGGCAUAGACGCUGAGGAGCUACCAGCUCGGGACGACCCAUUGAGAUUCCAACGUUUAGUGGAAAGGGUCAUGUUUGCAUUCCCUUUACGGAAGGACCCCGCUUAUGUGGAUGAGUUUAUGCUCAACCAUUGGCCUAGGUUGAAGCAGUUGAUGCCCCCUGUCAUCGCUGAAUUGCCGGACAGUGAUGUCGCGGAGUGGCUGAGGGGGCACCUUCAACGUGUGAUCCACAACCAGAAAGAGCAUAAGAAAAUAUGGCUGCACAAGGCACCUAAGAAGGGUACGGAGGAAUGGUAUAGUUUCGGUGAGGAUUUUAUAUAUGAUACGUGA